ACUACUUUCUGAAUAAAUAACUGCAAAGUAAAGCGGGAGAAUUUUUACUAAUUAAAUAAAUAAAACAUAACAUAACUUCCGGGAUUUUAAUUUCGUAUAAGUUAUUCACCAUCUUAUUAUUUCUUUAAUAAAACCAAGCUGGCGGGUUUCAACAACCUUAGCGCGCUCUGGGAAAAUGUAGUCUUUUCGUAGGCCAAGGAUACAGCGCGUUUAGGAGAAAGGCAGCUCGUUUGAACUACAUUUCCCUCAGAAGCCUCUGUUACGCAGUUUGACAAGUCACGGACGUUACUUGUGUUUCACUACAGCUAACAGAGGAGUUGGCUAAUGAUAGGUGUUGCCUGGACCGACAGGAUGGGUGUAUCGGAUUUACAGGUUGAUACAAAUGCUGGGCCUGUGGUGGACCUGUCAGCUCGGGGGAUGCAGAAGCUGGACCCCAGUUUCAUGUGCUCCGAGGACACUCACACUCUCAUCCUGGACCGCAACAACAUCAUGAAGCUGGACCACCUGGAAAGGAGCCCGGGCCUUCAGCAGCUGUCUGUAGCCAGUAACCGUCUGGUGAGAAUGAUGGGGGUGUCUCGGCUGACGGAGUUGAGAGUCCUCAAUCUUCCCAAUAACAGCAUCGGCUACAUUGAGGGCCUAAGAGAUCUGCCUCAUCUAAAAUGGCUCAACCUGUCUGGCAACAACAUUAAAGUGAUUGAGCAACUUAAUAACUGUGUCUCCCUUCAACACCUGGAUCUGUCUGACAAUAACAUAUCUACCAUUGGUGAUCUGACUAAACUGGUGGCCUUAAAGACUCUUUUGCUCCAUGGAAACAGCAUUACAACACUGCGCACUGUUCCUGCUCACCUACCCGCUCAUUUAUCCAUUCUCUCCCUGGCAGAAAAUGAGAUAAGAGAUCUCAAUGAGAUGUCAUACCUGGCACCCCUUCACGAGCUGGAGCAGCUGUCCAUCAUGAGCAACCCUUGUGUUAUGGCGACCCCGUCGUUGCCAGGUUUUGAUUAUCGGCCGUACAUCAUGAGUUGGUGCCUGAGCCUCAAGGUCCUGGAUGGCUAUGUCGUGUCACAGAAAGAAGGCCUCAAAGCCGAGUGGCUUUACAGUCAGGGUAAAGGCCGCUCGUAUCGACCGGGGCAGCAUGUUCAGCUGGUUCAGUACUUGGCCACCGUUUGCCCUCUGACCGCUUCACCAGCCCUGGAGACGGCAGAAGAUGCCAAACUUGAGAAGAUCCUCAGUAAACAGAGGUUUCAUCAAAGACAACUGUUGGAGGAGACCUGUGGAGGCUGUCCUUGCCCUCCUCGUCCAACUCAACUAAAUGUGGACAGCCACUGUUCUUCUCAUGCAGCUCCACAGGGAGGAGCCCAAGACGUGCAGGAAACCACUGCACCUGGACCAGCAGCCGCUCCAUCAGUCCUGGAGAAGGAGCCAGUUGUGCAGUUUAACACCUGGGUGAGCUGCGAUUCCUCUCAUCCAUCACUGCCCGUAGUCCGGAGCCCGAGGCUCGGAGAGGACUCCAUUUAUUUGGAGGAUGUUCAGACGGAUGAGGACAAGCUCAACAGCAGCAUGCUUUCCUCAGAGUCCACCUUUAUCCCCUUCACCCCUGAUCUGGAGCCGCAAACGAACCGCUCUGACAGCGAGGACGAGACGGAGACGUUUGAGCCCGAUUCUCUGGCUCCGAAGAGGCCGGCGCAGCCACAAAAGCACAACACGAACAAGACACACCACUUUCCCUCAGCGGACAGGCAAGAGAAGAAGACUCUUGGAGACGAAGUUACUUCCAGCUCCGCCACAACAUCUGAACCGCAGGUGGGCAGAGUAAGUACGCCGCAAACCGAGACAUCCCUCGAGUUCAAUCAAACAACGACGACGAAUGAAGCACCCAGGCAGGAGCAAUCUGGCACGUGUGACUUUAAAUCAAGUCUGACGGAAGCAGACAGGGCUGCAGUUAAAAUACAGUCUUGGUGGAGGGGACAUUUUAUCCGGUGUUGUCACCCCAUGGCCAAGGAGGUGCGCAGUGAAAUCCGCCUGCGCAGGAUGCAGGAACAUAUCGUCUUCCUGUCUGACAAGCUGGACAUUGUUCAGAAGCAGCUUCAGGAAGAGAAACUACAACGCCUGGUUCAGGAGGAGGCCGUAAAGUUUCUUUGGAAAGAGCUCCAGUCUAUGCAGCAGUGGAAGCAGUCUGUGCAGCAGCAGCUUGUAGCCGUUACCCAAGCUGCCCCCCCUGCACAGAUCUCAUCUCCCGGACUAUGCAAGGCAUCUCCACCUGUCGCCUCCAGCACCACGAACCCACCCAGCACAGACGUCUCAUUUCCAGAUUCUGGCUUCCAGUCGACCGGCGAUCAGCAGGUAGCGCAGGACGACAGCUUCCUCAGCAGCGGGACAGCGGACUCUCUGAAGACGGUGCGGGCGCUGAGUCCCGCUCGCACCUGUUUUCCCGACGGUCCGGACAGCGCGGACUGCAGCCUGCUCGAGCAGUAUCUCUCCUCUGUGCAGCAGAGGGAGGAGGAGGCCGAGGAAGGCGUCAGCGAUAGAACAGAAACGCCACAGCACUCCUCGCCAGCAUCACCCAGCAGGACAGCGCCAGUCAACUCCCCAACACAGAAGUCAGCAGAAACCCCUCCAGGACCUGUCUGAGAGCCCCCGCCUAAUAGACAUCUGUACAGAAAUACUGAGUGUGUGUGUGUGUGUGUCUAGGAUUGAGAUGUGUGGCUCCCUCUUGAGAAUUUGAACUUAUCUGAACCUGCGCUCAUGCUGAUCACUGACCCAGAUCUCAUAUACGAGCGCUCUUAGUUUCUGCUGAUUAUCGAGACUGAACCCAGAACAGAUAGAAACAGAGACUUACUGUGAAUGUAACAUGUUUUUUUUUUAUAUACUUCACUACUUGAAUCUGUUUUGUUAUAAAAGGAAAUUUUCCUCUCUGUAAAGACAAUGACUGCGACGUAGUUUCAGAAGGUGUCGGUAACGUGCAAAGCAAUUGUUUAUUAGAGAAGGUUACGGCCUCUACAAGCAUGUUGUAACCUGUUCUAUUUAUUAACACACACUACUUUAGAUACAUGUGAUAAACUACAGUACGUUAGAUUAGGAGUUUAUGUGUACUGCACAGUUGUAACCACAGGUAUGGUAUCCUAUCCUCUAGUGACAUUCAUAUAGCUGAUUUUUUUUGUUUGUUUGUUUGUUUUUUUUUUUACCAAUUUUCAGGUUCAGGUCAAAAUUACCUGAUAAACAAAUGUUGUAGCAUCCUGACUGUAAAAUGUAAAUAAAUCUGCAGUUAUAAUUUCCUAA